CCGCCCCUAACGGGGCCUCAGACUCAAACCGCCACGGAAGUGAGCGGCUCACAUCGUGAGUUCGUGACGAGUUUGUGCGGCUCACAACGGACCACGAUGGCGUGGUCUGCGUGGGUGCCUCCCGUGUUCGCCACCCUCCUGCCGCACAUGGGCGGCAUUGCGGGCGGCGUGCUCACGCGCAGCGAGAUCAAGGGCUGGUACGAAGGGCUCAAGAAGCCGGAGUGGCGGCCGCCCAACCGGGCCUUCCCCGUGGUGUGGCCGCUGCUGUACACCGGCAUGGGGUACGCGUCGUACCUGGUGUGGCGUGACCUCGGGGGCUUCACCAGCGACGCCGUGACCCCGCUGGGCCUCUACGGGGCGCAGCUGGCUCUCAACUGGAUGUGGACCCCGAUCUUCUUCAAGGCUCACCGCAUGGGCUUGGCUUUUGCCGAGAUCCUGUUGCUCUCUGGCACGGCGGCGGCAACCGCCGUCAGCUGGUACCCCAUCAACAAGACGGCCGCCAUGCUCAUGGUGCCCUACCUGGCGUGGUUGAGCUUCGCCGCCGCGCUGAACUACCGGGUGUGGCAGGACAACAAGGGGGACGGGGAGGGCGAGAAGAAGGAAGGAUGAUGGCUCGCAGCGUGUCCGCAAGGCGCUCGCUUGCUCGAUUGUUGGGAGGCGAGAGCCACUGGAGCUGAUUGUUGUUCUUGUUGUUGCUGUUGUUGUUGCUGAGUCUGUCGUCCUAAACCCUGCGGCUUGCGAUCAUCGCACGAUGUAGUAUACUAGACUAUACACUACACUAUAGACUAGACUAUACACUACACUAUAGAGUACACUAUACACUACACUAUACAGUACACUAUAGAGUACACUAGUAUACACUACACUAUACACUACACUAUAUACUACUAUAUACUACACUAUAUACUACUAUACACUACACUAUAUACUACUAUAUACUACACUAUAUACUACACUAUAUACUACUACACACAACGCUAUACACUACUAUACACAGCGCUAUACACUACACUAUACACUACUACACACAGCGCUAUACACUACACUAUACACUACACUAUAUACUACUACACUAUACACUACUAUACACUACACUAUAUACUACUACACACAACGCUAUACACUACUAUACACAGCGCUAUACACUACACUAUACACUACACUAUACACUACUACACACAGCGCUAUACACUACACUAUACACUACACUAUACACUACUACACACGGCUAUACACUACACUAUACACUACACUAUACACUACUACACACAGCGCUAUACACUACACUACACACUAUACUACAACACACAGCGCUAUACACUACAAUAUACACUACUAUACACUACACUAUACACUACACACUACACUAUACACUACACUAUACACUACACUACACACUAUACUACUACACACAGCGCUAUACACUACUACACACAGUGCUAUACACUACACUAUACACUACACUAUACACUACACUAUACACUACACUAUACACUACACACGACUAUACCCCACCCCGCUUUAACUCGACAGCGCUGUACUCGGUUGAAAAAUGUCUCAAUCAAAUUUCUUGAGAACUCA